AUGGAAACUCUGAUGGGUCGACGCGAUCCAAAUGCAGGAAGCCUUAUGGGCGACGGGGGGUAUGGCAAGUCACUUCUACUGGAGGCGCUUCUCGGCUCGAACAACCCCAACGGAAAUUUUGGCCUCCAACAGCACACGGCCAUAUCAAGUCUCCUGUUAGCACAUGACAGAGCCAAGCAAUCAACCACCGCAAAGUCCAACAAGAAAGACAGGGUUAGGGCAAUCCCAGAAACGUACUCAUUACCAGCGGACGCAAGCGCACAUUCUUUCAUCUCGCUCCCCUCAGAGAUCCGAAAUCAGAUAUACGAGCUACUCUGUCGUCAAGUCUACUGGGAAGCUGCCAGCGUUCUAUAUCAACGGAACCACUUCUUCGUGUCAUCCUGGUACGAACAGGCUUAUUUCAAGAGAUGGUCCAAACAACUAGGUCCUCGGGCGCAAUUCCUGAAACAUGUCACCAUCGAUUACGCCGCUUUGUCUUCCGAGCUGGAGGAAGAUCACGGCCCCACUUGGGUAGUCGCUCUCGACUUGCUGCCGUUGUUACGAUUGCUUUGGACCGAGUCUGGAGCAAUGCUACAAGUCUCGAUCGAGACUUCAAGUUAUAACAAUACGCCCGCCAUAUUCAACAACGCUUUCAGAUCCAUCGCUCAGGAAGACCAGCUAAACCUCAGACGGUAUUCAAAUCUACUUGCAUCGGUGAUCUUGAGGGUUGAAGGGACCAUGGGCACAGUUGCCUUCGCAAGCACCACCCCCGAAGAGAACGUGCAAUCUACUUUCUCAUGCUCAGAUGAAGGGAAGGUAGUCACUAUGAGCCAAAUUCCGCGGACACCAGAGCUCUCAGCUUUACCUGCAUCCGUUUAUCAUGCUAUCAUUGCAUAUGCAGUCCAGCCUACCGUAAAGCUCUUCGCUAGUCCACUCUCUACGAUACUGCCGCCGUGGAAGUCCCCUGUGUUCCGUGUCAAUCGCAAGCUACGGUCAGACGCCCUAUACCACGCGUAUGCAACCACUUCGAUCGUCUUCAUGCUCGCUUCAGAAGGUCUCCGACCCAAUUUCGGCGGAUUCUCACAUAUAGAGAGAUUGCGUAUGGUAAGAGCCGACUCAAGAAAUGAAGCUCAACUCUGGCCACACGGUUUCGCCAGCGACAUCGACCUCUUGGCUAGAAACUUCCAGCUUUUGCUUGGAAUUAGUGUUCGGCCGGAGGAUCAGAAUCUAGAUGAUGUUCGCAUCAACAUAGUCGAGCUGCUUCGGGCCACAUAUCAAUCGCGCCCUUCCAUGGUCAUAACUGUUCGGUUGCGCUCAUCACGCGACGGUGUCAGCAGCAACACCCAGUUCUCAUUCACACUCAAACAGCUGAGACUGAAUGUAUUCAUCGUUCUGUCUCAAGUCUUCGAGGACAAGGACUACAGAAAGCAUGGGCGCUGUCCGGCUGUCUACAUCAACGGCAAGGGUCAUCCAGUGGAGCUCGUCUACCACGCGGAUGAUGUCAUCAGGAUGUUACCAGACCAGUCUGAGGUGUUCAAAAAUCAAGAAUCGAUAUCGAAGAAAGCGAUGAGAUACAAACAAAGCUUGCGAUACCAGGAAGAGUUUCUUCACCCAGAAGGCUGUAUAUCGCUUGGCAAAAUGUGGGACAGCUUGACACUCAUGAUCUGGCCUCGUAGGCCCAGCUACGCCGAAUGGUGA